ACAAGUAGUGCAAUGUAAACAUUACCGGCGGCGGAGGACCAUUUUCAACUUUCUUUUUGUGUUGUUCUAUUUUUUCAUUUCACAUCUUAACCAGCUUUUAUUAUUUGUCAUUUAAGUAAAACUGUGUAAGAAUAUGAAUCUUUUCGUGUCUUUGGCUGUAUUCCUAGUCAUUUUUAACUGGAAAACAUCGUCUGCACUGAGGCCCGAACAGGAUCUUGACUUGCAGAAAACAAUUGUGUGGGGUCCUGGAUUAAAAUCGGAGUUUUUCUUACCAGUGAGAUACUUUUUUAUACAGGCAGUAUCAUCAGAUGGAGAAAAUAUAACAGAGUCAUUAGGGGACAAACCUUUUGAAGUGUCCCUCAGUUCACCAACACAGAGCAGAGUGCGUGUGUACUUACAGAUACUCGACAAGCAAGAUGGAAUGUACAUUGUCAGAUUCCGCAUUUACAGCACCCUUGAGAAUAUCAAAAUUGCUGUCACAUACAACGGUGAACAUGUUGCAAAGUCACCAUAUGAACUGCCAGGCUUUAUGUAUCCUGAGACAUGCUACUGCCCUGAACCAGACAUUCAGCAAUGGUUUACCAGUAUGGAAUGCACAAACUCGUACAAACAGAUCAAGAAUGAUCUAUCUCUGUUCAAAGAUAUAGACCUAGAAAAGACGGCUGCCGAAACUAUACAGCGCUUCAAUAUAAGCACCGCACACAGUCUUUGUUACUACAAAAUCAUAGAUAAUCAGAUAUAUCGUAAAACAUUUGGCCAGCAUGUUGGGUUUAAGAUGUUUAGCGAUGCCAUUUUGUUGUCUUUAACAAAGAAGGUAAAACUUCCAGAUCUUGAAUUUUUUGUGAAUCUCGGAGAUUGGCCACUGGAGAAAAGGAAACGCACGGAAAACCCAUUGCCGAUAUUUUCAUGGUGUGGAUCAGAUGACUCGCUAGAUAUUGUCAUGCCUACCUAUGAUCUGACAGAAGCAACGUUGGAAAUGUUAGGAAGACAGUCAUUAGAUGUGUUUCAUGUAAUGGGUAAAAGUCCAACACGCUGGGAGAACAAAACUGAAAUAGGUUUCUGGCGUGGACGUGACAGCCGGCAGGAGCGUUUAGAUCUUGUCGUGAUGUCGAGAAAACAUCCAGACUUACUUCACGCAAAAAUGACGAGAAUGUUCUUCUUUAAACAUGAUCAGGAGAAAUAUGGGGAUCUUGUGAAUAAUAUCCCUUUCUUCGAUUUCUUUAAGUAUAAAUACCAAGUCAAUAUUGAUGGAACAGUUGCAGCGUACAGAUUGCCGUAUCUUCUGGCAGGGGACUCUGUAGUCCUUAAACAAGACUCUCAUUAUUAUGAACAUUUCUACAAAGAUUUGAAGCCUUACGUCCACUACGUACCAUUCAAAAGGGAUCUGAGUGACCUGCUAGAGAAAAUACAGUGGGCUAAAGAUAAUGAUGAAAAGGUACAUGAAAUUGCGAGGAAUGCACAAAACUAUGUUUUAGAGAGCCUUUCACCCAAAGAAAUAUUCUGCUAUCAUGUUAAAUUAUUUGAGUCAUAUUCCAAAAGAUUCAAGGCUCCGCCCACACCUCCAGAUGAUACAUGGGAGUUAGUGGAACAGCCAAAAGACAAUAACAACUGUAACUGCCAAAAGAUGGAACAGAAGUAUUCUGAUAAAUCAAAAACUAAAUCCAGUAAAAGGAAAGAUGAACUUUGAUGAAGACAGCUAUGUAGGACACAAUUCCAUAAUCAAAAAUAUCUAUGCAAUUUGUUGAGACAUGGUGCAUGUUUUAAAUGUGUAGAAGUAUUAGCAGUUCAAUUUUCAGAAACUGUGCGUAUAGUUUCACAGUAAUAAUAUAGCUAUAGCUUACAACUGCAGAUUUUAGGGUCAUGUACUGCUAUUGCUUUUUGCAUAGACUUAUAGUGUAAAUAGUUACUAUAUGAAAGUCUCUAAAUACUUUUCUUGACUGCCAACCCUGAAGUAAGGUGUAAUUUUUUUGUACAGGUCAUCUUCCUGGAAACCAAAUAUCUCGUACAUUAUUUGAAAGUUUUGUUUAAAGAGAAUACCCUCAGUUGUAAGUGAAAUUUUUUGGUAAAAAUUGCAACUAUAUAGUUAAGCUGAUUCUCCAGUGUUUCACUGAAUCUUAGUUUUCCCUACAAAUUUUAUUACAGUCAAUCUGCAUCAUAUGUUCAGAUAGCAUUGUCUUCACAUUACAACAUUUCAUGUACAUGGCUUCACUGUAUUGUUCAUAGACAUGACUGUUACGAAAUAUACCAAAUGUACAAGACAGCCUCCAUAUAAUUAAAGGCAUUUACUUUACUUUGUAUUUACUAUUGUUCUGCCAGGGAAAAUGAUUCAGAUUGACAGCCUUUAUUUUGGAAAUUAAACAGAAAUUGAAGUGUAUACAUAUGACAGUUAUACAAAUGAACCUGAGAUGUUUUAAAAAGUUGAUGCAGUUUUAAGUCUCCUACAGGUGUUCCACCAGAAGGGACUUUCGGUUUGUCACCUGUCUUUCCUGAAUAUAUACAGAUUAAUUUUUUUUGUUCCUAAAUCCAUUUGUUUUACUGUCAGUCUGUCCAUUCUGUCAGUCACAAAAGAUAAAUCCUUUGUUAUCUUUCAAGUCCCAACUUGUGUAUGAAAAAAACUGACCCUGUGUAUUAUCCUUGCAUGAUCGUAAAAGGCAACUUAAAUAAUUUAUAAGAAUACUUGAACAUUUGGUUUUGCUAAUUAUAGCAGGUAUAAAAGUUUUGAUUCCAUAUCGUAUAUUUUUAUUGAGAUAUAAAUAAUAUGAGUAACCAAAAUGUUUGGUCCACUUUGGCACCAUUAAACCUGUGCUUUGUUUUGUUGUGCUGUAAAACCCAAAUCAACAAA